UCCGUAUAAAUACGCCGAGUAGUAAUGCAGCCCUCGUCUCUUUCCCUUUUAUUCUAAACUUCUCCUAGUCGAACCUAUUUUUCAGCACUUACUUCCUUUGAGAACCGCUUCUCGUCUUCCAUUAACCUCCAAUUUUUCGCCAAGUUCAAGAAAAGACAUAUCUUUCAUACUACCUAAUCAUGAAGUUCACAACCACCCUUCUCAUUGCCACUACGACUCUGGCGGCCUAUGUCAACGCAGACAUGAUUCAGAUCAAUAACCCCACAGCCGGCACGGUCUGGACGGCGGGCGUCUCCAACUUUGUGGGAUGGACCGGUAACUGUGCAUCGAUGGGCGAGCCUGCCAAGAACGUCACCGUAAUUCUCAAUACCGGACCAUCUGAUGCGGUGCGGUACGUCGCGACGUUGGGCACUCUGGACUGCUCCGGAUCUAGUACGCGCACAGACCUCACGGUGCCUCUGAGCGUCCCCACAGGAACGUACUCGAUUGUCGUCCGCACUGAUCCCCAGUUGAGCUACACUAAUAUGUUCACGAUUAACAACCCCUCCAGUCCUGAAGCCGGUACAUCGACAGCGCCUUCUUCGGCAGCUGCUCCACCAGCCGCUGACGGCUCUGGAUCGGCCCCUGCGCCCACGGCAGCUUCGGCAGUUGCUCAUAAUGGUGGAGAGAACGUGAAGGCGAAUGCGAUGGCUGUUGGGCUGGGAGCUGUUGUAUUGGCUGCAUCUCAGCUAUUGAUGUAGACAAUAGGAAAACACGUCUAUAUACAAUUCAUCUACUAGCAGCUCAUUGCAACCAUCCUAUAAACCACAUGGCGUUCGACCAAAGACGAAAAUCGCAAUGUUGAGAAAUGCGUUAUGCGCUGUAUGACAUAUCACUGUCCGGAUAUGAUUUUUUUUUUUUGUCUGUGGGCGUCCCUUUGUGAUAGAGCUAAAGA